AUGACGGUUAAUACCAAAGCGGCGGCCUCGGCCGUUGCUCCAGCCCAUCCGUCUGGAAAGGAAAAGCACGGGAAAUUGGUCCAGUUCUUGAGAGGCUUCUCAUUCUUCGUCUAUUUUAUGGCUGGCUGUAUUGCUAUCCAUCUUGCACAACUGAUCGGCUCGCCGCUGUACUACGUCGACCAUGAUAUCUACUACUCCUAUAUGGCUUUGACGAAACAGUCUUUUGGGCUGCUGAUCACAACUUCCACAAACUGGUGGGGCCCCACCACGAUACGCAUAAGUGGGGAUGCCUCGGUGGCAGAUCAGAUCAAGAAAACGAAGGAUGGUAGGGUUGAGUUUUCGUUUCCAGAGCGCAUGGUGAUGAUUGCCAACCAUCAGAUCUACACUGACUGGCUAUAUCUGUGGUGGAUCGGGUACGCCAAUAGCCCUCAGAUGCAUGGCUAUGUCUACAUCAUCUUGAAGGAAUCACUCAAAUACAUUCCUAUCGCAGGACUUGGCAUGGUUUUCUAUGGCUUCAUCUUUAUGUCCCGGAAGAUGGCUGUUGACCAGCCACGCCUGGCCCACCGUCUCGGCAAGCUCAAAACAUACAACACGACCCCCGAUGGCACGAAAUACCUAAACCCAAUGUGGCUCCUGCUCUUCCCCGAAGGCACAAACGCAUCGCAAAAUGGACGAAACAAGUCUGCGAGGUGGGCCGAGAAGAUUGGAGUCAAGGACCCGGAGCACAUGCUUCUCCCGAGAAGCACUGGUAGUUUCUUUUGCCUGAACGAACUUAAGGGCACUGUGGAGUAUGUAUACGAUUGCACUGUGGCAUACGAAGGUGUACCUCGUGGGAAGUUCGGCGAGCAGCUUUUUACUCUCUCAGGUACCUACUUCCGCGGCCAACCUCCAAAGUCAGUCAACCUCUACUGGCGUCGAUUCCGUAUUGCGGAUAUUCCCCUGGACAGCGCCGAACAGUUCGAUGUGUGGCUCCGGGAGCGGUGGUAUGAGAAGGAUGCUCUGAUGGAGCAGUACAUCUCUACUGGUCGUUUCCCUGCGAGCCCGCCCACCGCUGCCAACAAGAACCAGGAAGGCUUUCUCGAGACCGAGGUUCGCACUCGUUACAAGUUUGAGUUCCUCCAGAUUUAUGCCGUGGUCGGCAUUGUCGCUCUACUGAUCAACCUCGUUUUGAGGCUCUACAACCGACUUCUUUCUAUUGUUUCAUAG